ACCUGUAUCACAGCGCCAGAAACCACAGAGGGGCCGUACUACAUCAAUGAUGAGAUUGUGCGUACCGAUUUGCGCGAGAACCAAACGGGCGUCACCCUAAUUCUCGACAUUGGUGUCAUUGACAUCAACACUUGUGAGCCGCUCUCGGAUGCUUUUGUCGAGCUGUGGGCCGCCAAUGCCACAGGCGUGUAUAGCAGCUACACCGCCACCCUUGGGGGCGGCGACUUCGUUUCUAGCAACGAGACAUUCCUUCGUGGUGGAUACCCCACAAACUCCCAAGGAGUGGUUGAACUGACUACAAUCUACCCUGGCUUUGUACGCGGACGUACCAUGCAUGUCCACACCAUGGUUCAUCUCAACUACGAGCUUAACUCCAACGGUACUUUGGCCUCUCACACUGGCUCCCUCAUCCAUAUCGGCCAACUCUUUGCCAAUGAGUCUUGGAACGAUGCGGUCUACAAUACUUCCCCGUACACCACCGAUACCAACGAGCGCACGUACAACGCCGAUGACAGCAUCUACGCGGCUGCGAAUACGGCCGGCUACAACGCAGAAAUGGACAUCGUGAUGCUCGGCUCUGAUAUCUCUGACGGUCUGCUUGGCUACAUCACAAUCGGAGUUGACUCGACUGCUACAUACUCUAUUACAAACACUAACUAC